AGCGCGGGUAUAAAUAGGCGGCUCAUGCAGCCGGUUUGGCAUAGUAGCUUCGAAACACUGCAGAAGUACACAACUGAAACGGAAUAGUAACAAGAAUUAGAGGCGAGUCAAAUAUACUUACCUAUUUGUAGAAGAAAGUGUGAAGAACGCGAGUUUCAUAUGCCAAUAUAUUAUACACAUACACGCCUAAUGUAUAUGUAUGAGCAAAAGCAUUAAAGUAAAGCAAAGCAGCAAGCAAGACAAAUUGUUUCGAGAAGAAUUCUAUCUACAUUCUAGUACUUAUUUUUUAUGAAAAAGAAGCAAAUUAAGAAGAAGGAACUCUGUAAUUUUAAACUAAAAAUUUAAACAAACAAAAAAUUGCCAUCUUAAAAAACGUUGUUUAAAACAAGCUGAAACGGACCAACGCCAUUAAAGUGAUAACUUAACAAAUAAAAAAGUAAAAGAAAAAGCUAAAUAGAGUUAAAGUAAAAGCAGAAUCAAGUGCUGUGAUUUCAAACUACAAAAAGUUAAUUUAAUAAUUUUUUUAAAAUAUCGGCAUUGGAAGCCAAACACAAAUACUCCAAUGCAGCAGCAAGCAAUUCAACAACUUAACACUAAACGGAAAUUCAGCGAAUUGUGAUAUAGCGAAGGCGCAGAGUAGAAGUUAAAGCUUAAUAGAACUUUUUCAGAAAAGUAAAUAUUUUUGAAAAAAUCAAAGAACUGAACGUAAGCGUUCAAAAAGUGAUAUAUCUAUAUAUAUUAUAUAUAAAAAAAGUAACCAGUGUGAUUUCGACUGAGAUUUUCCUGCUGAAAACCAUACGCCAGUCGAAAUAACUGCAAGAGCGGAGCCUGUGAAGUGUGAAGCAGCGCACUAACCACCGAAAGCAAUUUUGUUUUAAACAAGUUCAAUACUGAAAAGCAAAUAAUUUAAAUGAAAAUGGAAGUACUUGCGGUGCAACAACAAUACCAGUCGAAAUACAACAUAUACGGGUCCAGUAAAGUUAGAGAUUGGACCAGCACAUUGUCGCCACUGUUACCGCUGGCGUCCAGCGGCUGGGUCGAUGCGGAGCCAGAGGUGGCUGCCGCGCCGCAGCCGACCGCCAGCAUACCCAUACCAUAUCUGCAGAAUCAACAGAAUUAUCAUAUUAGCAACAACAACAAUAAUAAUUUAAAUAACAACAACAACACAGUUAACAAUAAAAAUGUGAAAAACAGUAUUAUGCAUCAUAAUAAUAAGAAAACCAAACGCACAGCGAGCACCGAAGAGCUGCUGGCGGUGCCUGAGGUGAUGAUUGCCCCACCGUCGUCGUUGAAGGAGGUGAAAAAGGUGCCAGCAAGCCGUGCGGCCUCAGCACCAUACACCUUAACACCCAAUACAAACAGCGCAAAUAAUACAAACUCCUCGGCAACACCGACAGUGGGCGGCAGCUACCUCACCACGCAGCAUACACCCUCCCAGAAUCCCUCAACAAAUCUCUUCAACUGUGAUGAUAUCGAUGCAGCAGCCGUGGAAGAUCUCUCACUGCGCCUGUUGGAUGAGUUGCGCGCCGCUAAGCAGCGUCAUCUCACCUGCACCGAAGUCUCCCUACCCUGUGAUCUCACGCUGCGCAUUGCCGCCGAAAUCAUACGCGUCUCAGCGAAGGAACCGUGCGGUGUACGCGGCUGCACCAUCUACAUCGAAUUCGAGGAUGAACCGAACAAUUCGCGACGCAUUGCCGAACUCAAAUUGGAUCCCGAAAUGGUAUCCACCUUUGAGAUCUACUUGACAUUGCGUCAGGAUCAUCGCGGCUGGACCUCAUUGCUGCCACAAUUCAUGAAGAGUCUGGCGCGCACAAUCACCAUCAGUGCAACAUUCACCAUCACCAAACACAAACUUUACACAUCGGAUCGCACCAGCUACAGCUACGGCGGCAGCAGUGCGGCCGCAACGAUCUCAACAGCACCAACAUCGUGAAUCGAGCGCGGUGUAAACAGCAUUAGGAGGCAGCAGCAGCAGCGGCACGCAGCCGUGACAACAGCUCAGUUCAAUGAGUUGGAGACGGCUGUGACUGCAGCUGCAGCUGCGUCGGCGUCGGUGUUUGUGUUGACGCGGCGCGUCGGUGUGCGGUGGUGUGAAUGUGGCGGCUGUAGGCUGUAGACGUUUGUCAAUGCACGCGGCAGCAGCAAGCAAUUGUGGUGGCGCACGAGCCGAUUUAACGAACGAUAUAUGCUUUAAGGAUGACUGCUGCUCGACGAGACGACCUCGAAACGAUGAAGUUAAAACGAAAUCGUGUAAGACGUGUUAUUAAGUUAAGACUUUUUAAAAAUUAAAAUGCAAAGAAGCAGCGUAGCCGUUAGAAGUGUAUGCGAAACAACCCCACCUACACACACACAUACAUACACACACGCGCACGUACUGACCGACAGACACAGCGACGCACACACUUUACUUACAGUAUCAGCGCGCUCCACAGCGGGCCGCCACCUCUCGACUUCACUCACUUUCACUUUCCUAAGCAGCAUACUUUACGACACACACACACACAUAUAUACCUACAUACACAUGCAUAUAAACAUAUUUAUACAUAUAAGCGUACAAAACGGCGUUUUGUAUGUGUCUAUCUCAUGUAAUGCAAACGCAUCAAGUAUCUUUCAAUUGAAACAAAAAUGAACUCGUUAGAUUUUAGUAAAGCGAUUACGCGCCCACGAAUGAUCUGCAUAUUUAAUUUAAAAAAAAAAUUAAAAACAAAAACAAAAACAAAAAAAUUUAUAUUACAAAUAAUAAUUACUAAACGUUUUUAAAAUUAUAUUUUUAUGUUUAAUUUUAAUUUUAACAAAUUUCUGUGAAUGCAGUAAACGCUUCGCAGCGUUUAAGUCAAUUGUCUUGAGAAUCGAUUGAUUGAUUAAUUGAUUUUUUUGAAAUUCAAAAAAUUGCAGUUAAUGCCCGAUGUAGUAGGCGAGGAGAGUAGAAAUGCAUGAAAUUUUUAGAUUGCUAAGGCUGCAGCGGCGCCACGCACACACACACGCACAGUAAGCGGAAAUUCGCAAUUGCUCUACACACAUGCGCGCAUAUAUUGCAUAUAUAUUAUAUGCAUAAAGGCGCGUGUGUGUGUGUGAGCGCGCGGUCUGGCAUGUGUGCGGGCGCGCGGCGGCAGCCAAAAUCUCAAACUCAUGAAAUUGUGAUAACACUUUAAGAUGCUAAGAUUUUUUAAUUAAGAUUACGAAGAAGUAUAAAGAUAAACUUGUAGAAGAAGAGGCAGAAAAAUAGUAAGAAGAAGAAGAAAAAAGUAGAAGCAGCAGAGUAGCAGUUUAAAAGCGAUUAAACGAUUAAAAGCAAAAAAGAAGAAUAUAAAAAACAAAAAGUAAAUGUUGAUGUAGUUUGUGAGCAGCGCGCGCCAACUUUUUUUGUAUUAGGGGCGAGCGGCAGGCUAGCAAGCAGCAAAUAUAUGUGAAUGCGUAAAUACAAAAAUACUUUAAAAAGCUAAUAAACGUUUUCAGGCGUAAAACUUGUGAGAAAAAUUUUGCAAAAAAUUUGUAAAACUGUAAAAAAUAAUGUGUGAAAAGCAACAUAUGCGAUAUUUGACUAAAAUUCAAAAUUAAAAAUGUAAAAAAAAAACAAUUUAAACGUAAUUGUGACAUUUGCAACAAAAUUAGUAUUAACAAAUUGUAUGAAAAAAAAAUUUUAAGCGUUAAAAAUUUCCAAAAAAUUAAAAUAAAAUCACAAAAAAAAACAAAAACAAAAAACCUGCUAAUAACUACAAAAAAACUUAAGAUUUUGCAGUAAAAAGUAAAAGUAAAAAUAUUAAAAGUUCGUAAAACAAUAAAUUAGCAAUAAUUUAAAAUGCUCACACACACACACAGAAUUACAGUUUAUAAGCAAAAAAAAAACUCAAAUACAAAAAAAAUACUUUGCAAUAGUUGGUAAAAAUUACAAAAAAAAACAACAACACUUUGCAAUAGUUGGCAAAAAUA